CUCUGCUGCCUACCCCGCYGGGCGGGGGACCGGGACCGCGGGAACCCCUGACCAGCCCAGGGCAGGAGCGGUUCCAGGAGGACCCUGGUCUGCAUCUGCGUUGCCAGGUAGGUGGACGUGAGAGGCCCUAUUCUGGUUCUCUGGAGGCCAUCUCAUCGCCGCUGGCACCAUGCUGUCCCCUCAGAGGGCUUUACUCUGCAAUCUCAACCACAUCCACCUCCAGCACGUCUCCCUGGGCCUGCACUUGUCUCGCCGUCCGGAGCUACGGGAGGGGCCUUUAAGCACGCCCCCUCCCCCAGGAGACACCGGGGGCAAGGAGAGCAGGGGCCCCUGCGGAGGGACCCUGGUGGAUGCCAACUCCAACAGCCCAGCGGUGCCCUGCCGAUGCUGCCAGGAGCAUGGACCAAACCUAGAAAACCGGCUGGACCCAUCUCAGGAGGAGGAAGGGGCUGCCUCUCCCUCAGACCCGGGCUGCUCCUCCUCUCUCAGCUCCUGUUCAGAUCUGAGCCCCGAUGAGUCCCCCGUUUCCGUCUACUCGAGGGACCUGCCUGGUGAUGAGGAUGCCCACCCUCAGCCCAGUAUCGUCCCCUUGGAGCAGGGGUCCCCACUGGCUUCAGCAGGCCCUGGAGCCUGCUCCCCGGACAGCUUCUGCUGCUCUCCUGAUUCCUGUUCCGGAGCCUCCUCCCCGCCCGGCCCUGGCCUGGACUCGAACUGCAACGCCCUGACCACCUGCCAGGACCUCCCUUCCUCCAGCCUGGAGGAGGAGGAGGAAGAGAGUGGGGAGCAGGACCUCCCCACCUCUGAGCUCUCGGAGGCGGAGGAUGGGAAAAUCGACGCUGGGAAAACGGAGCCCAGUUGGAAAAUCAACCCCAUUUGGAAAAUCGACACAGAGAAAACGGAAGUUGGAUGGAAAAUCACUGAUAACAAUAACUCCGACUGGAAAACCAGCGGAAGCACUAACUCUAACUGGAAAGCUGAACCCGGAAAACUCGACCCCUGUUGGCACACCAGCACGGGAAUAGCUGAUUCUGGCCCGAAAGCAGAUGCAGGGAAAACUGAUGGGGGAUGGAGAAGUGACGUCAGCGAGGAGCCAGUGCCCCACCGGACAAUCACGUCCUUCCACGAGCUAGCCCAGAAGCGCAAGCGGGGCCCGGGGCUGCCCCUCACACCGCAGGCUAAGAAAGAUCGCAGCGACUGGCUCAUCGUCUUCUCGCCGGACACCGAACUCCCCCCCACCGGGUCGCUGGGUGGCUCCUCGGCACCUCCCCGAGAAGUCACCACCUUCAAGGAACUGCGCUCCAGAAGCCGCGCCCCGCCCCCGCCGGUCCCGCCKCGAGACCCCCCGGCUGGCUGGGCCUUGGUCCCGCCCCGCCCGCCACCCCCACCCGUGCCUCCCCGGCGGAAGAAGAAUCGACCCGGGCUGCAGCCCAUAGCGGAGGGGCAGCUCGAGGAAGGCAGGGCGGUCAGCCCGGCGGCUGGUGAGGAGGCCCCAACCCCGAAGGAGCCGGAGCAGCCCGGAGCCCCAGCGGGCCUCGAGGCCGGUCCCCUGGUGCUCCCUCGGCCCCUGGUUUUUCGGUUCUCGGCCGACGGGCGCCCCCUGUUGGAGGGUGGGGGUGCCGGCGCAGCUGGGUCCCUGCUCCUGGCGCCCCUGGCCGAGUGGCCGGGCACCGGGCUGCGGCUGCUGGGGGCGCCAAGUCCCCCAGCGGAGCAGCUGCUGCCUGUCCGCCUGUCCCCAGUGGGAGCCUAUUCGCCUCCGACUCGGGGGGCCCUGCCCUGCCUGGCCAGCCCCGAGCUGGCACUGCUGCUGUCCCCGCUCUUUCCCAGAAGUAGCACCUUUCCCGCCGCGGCUCCCCCGCCCCGCCAGGUACCCGCCCCUUCGCUGCCACCACCACCUCGUCCGCCGAAGGCCUCUCGCUGGACCAGAAGCCCACCGCCUCCGCCCAGGCUACUUCGUAGUUCCUGGUCGUUCGCGGGUGUUCCUGGGGCCCAGCGGCUGUGGAUGGCAGAAGCCCAKAGUGGGACUGGGCAGCUGCAGGAGCAGAAAAAAGGUCUCCUGAUAGCUGUCAGUGCCUCAGUGGAUAAAAUCAUCUCGCACUUCGGGGCUGCCCGGAACCUGGUUCAGAAGGCCCAGUUGGGGGAUAGCAGGUUGAGCCCGGAUGUGGGGCACCUGGUGCUGACCACCCUCUGCCCAGCCCUGCAUGCCCUGGUGGCAGACGGGCUGAAGCCUUUCCGGAAAGACCUCAUCACCGGGCAGCGUAGAAGCAGUCCUUGGAGUGUGGUGGAGGCAUCUGUGAAGCCAGGCUCGAGCAGUUCCCUGGGGUCCCUGUACAGCCAAGUCAGCCGUUUGGCCCCGCUGAGCAGCAGCCGCAGCCGCUUUCAUGCCUUCAUCUUGGGCCUCCUCAACACCAAGCAGUUGGAGCUGUGGUUUUCCAGUCUCCAGGAAGAUGCAGGCCUGUUGUCCCUUCUGUAUCUGCCCACGGGAUUCUUCUCCCUGGCGCGGGGUGGCUGCCCAUCCCUGUCCACAGAGUUGCUGCUCCUGCUGCAGCCAUUGUCGGUGCUCACCUUCCACCUGGACCUGCUCUUUGAGCACCACCACCACCUGCCCCUGGGCCAGCCUCAGGCCCCUGCCCCUCCAGGCCCGCCUCCAGCCUUGCAGCAGACUGUACAAGCCGUGCUGCACUGGGGGGGCCGGCUGGCCCAGAGUCUCCGGGGCACUUCUGGGGAGGGGGCUCCCAACCCUUCACCCCCUCCAAGUCCUCCCACACCAGUCAGCUGGUGGGAGCAUCUGACCCAGGUCUCCUGAGUCUAUGCCUCAGGGGGCACUGAGGACUUCCCUCUUCCCUGGUGAGGAUCUGGGCAACAAGAAACUGCAGCUGAGGGUACACAGGAAAGACCUCUGCCUGCAGAGGAAGUGGCACCAGGCAGAAGUGUGUGGCUUGGGAGACUGUUUGGCGUGCCUGGGGUCCCCACAGAAACUGAGAAUGGAGCCUUAAAAUCCAGGAGACCAUCCAGUUGGCUGCCUCCAACAGUGAGUGUGUUGGCUCUUGUGAAGCGGGGAGCACCUGUAGAGACUCCUUCUCCAGAGGAGCUUGUGGCCUCAGUGCCCAGCAUGGCACAGGCCCACAGGGCAGUUCGGGCUCUCUGUGACCACACUGCUGCAGGACCUGACCAGCUAAGCUUCCGGCGUGGAGAAGUGCUGCGUGUCAUCGCCACAGUGGAUGAGGACUGGCUCCGCUGUGGGCGGGAUGGCACGGAAGGGUUGGUGCCGGUGGGAUAUACCUCCCUUGUUCUCUAGCCCUGGCUUUCCUUUCCUGUGUAUGUCACCAUUUUGUCACCUGGGAAGGGAACAGCUCAUGAACACUAUGUAAAAUGACCAUACCAAAAGCCUUUUUCUUGUCUGCAAAAUGAUAUUUCUUCCCACAUCAUUUCUGCUAAUAUUUAAAAUAAACUUUCCUUCUUCCCUCCAUGCCCAUUUGUAAGGUGAAACCUGCUCUUCCAAAUAUUGAAGAGG